CCGUGGACGGGCGGCUCAUUGUCAGGAGAGUUGCAGCGCGAGCAGGAGGGAGAGAACGCUGGUACAGGUACAACAGCAGCAGCUGCAGCAGCACUUCAGCCACAGCAUCACAGAAAACACACUCUGCUACACUCAACUGAAAGAAGAUGGAAACAGACAGAGUAAAUUAUUCACCAGGAAGAACUCCUCCUCUCAGAGAUGAACUAAGACAAGCAUCUCAGCACAAUUUCUACUUGAGCCCCCCUCCGCUCUAUAUCAAGCCCCCAAAAUUCUCCCCUCCCAGAUACCCAAGCAUAUCACCCACCAGAGACACCUACAGCAUGUUCAGCCCUGCUUUCUUUCCCAUGCUCGGCCCUAGUUACACCCAAAAGGAGGGAUCCCAAAAACGCAAAAGAACUCCUUUCAAAAUGGACGCCGAAGGAGGUGAAUCUCCUGACAGAAAACCAGAGGAGGCAGAAGAAAGCAGUAGUAAGAAGACAGUAGACCUCUCCCACAUCCCCUUCUCCCUCCCAUCUCGCCCCAUUCCUUCCGCAUCUCCAAAACCCCACCCUGGUAUGAUUGAGCUCAACAGACUACAGCUUCAUCACAGGUCACCAGGUAUGAAUCUACCUGCGCAGGUGAAACAGGAGCCCCUCAGUCCUUCCCCUGUUUGGCCUCCCUCUCCUUUCCUUCUCCAACCUCCGUACUUCCCACCUCUCCAUCACAGCCUCCUUCCAUACCCCUUCUUCAUGCCUGGGCCUGUCAUGCACCUCUCCCCUGGCACUUUCUACCCCAGAGAGGACCUCCGAACCAGUCAUCGUACCCGUGACGGAGCUCCUCGAAGUGGAAUGACCAGCGCUGAGAAGCUUGGGCUCAACAUCCAUGUAGAUGACAGCUAUUAUGUUGAUGUCGGAGGUGACCAAAAGCGAUGGAAGUGUCGUAUGUGUGACAAAUCCUACACCUCCAAGUACAACCUGGUCACGCACAUCCUGGGUCACAAUGGUAUCAAGCCACAUGGAUGCCACCUGUGCGGGAAGCUUUUCAAGCAGCUGAGUCACCUGCACACACACCUGCUCACCCAUCAGGGCAUGAGGCCCCACAAGUGCCAGGUGUGCCACAAGGCCUUCACCCAGACCAGCCACCUGAAGAGACACAUGAUGCAGCACAGUGACGUGAAGCCAUACAGCUGCGGUGUGUGUGGUCGAGGCUUCGCUUACCCCAGUGAGCUUCGUGCCCACGAACUGAAGCAUGAAAAAGGCCAGGAGAAUGUAUGCGUGGAGUGUGGCUUGGACUUCCCCACACUGGCUCAGCUUAAGAGGCACCUUACUGCCCAUCGUGGCCCCACCCUCUACCGGUGUGCAGAGUGCCAGAAGACUUUCCAGUACCCGAGUCAGCUUCAGAACCACAUGAUGAAACACAAAGACAUCAGACCGUACAUCUGCAGUGAGUGUGGGAUGGAGUUCAUCCAGUCACACCACCUGAAACAGCACACGCUCACUCACAAAGGAGUGAAAGAGCAUAAGUGUCGCAUCUGUGGUCGUGAGUUCACCCUGUUGGCCAACAUGAAGCGCCAUGUCCUCAUCCACACCAACGUACGGGCCUACCAGUGCCACAUGUGCUUCAAGAGUUUUGUCCAAAAACAGACUCUGAAGGCUCACAUGAUCGUCCACUCGGACAUCAAGCCCUAUAAAUGCAAGCUUUGUGGGAAGGAGUUCAACAGGAUGCAUAACCUAAUGGGUCACAUGCAUCUCCACUCAGAUAGCAAACCCUUCAAAUGCCUCUACUGCCCAAGCAAGUUCACACUGAAGGGAAACCUCACCAGACACAUGAAGGUCAAACACGGCGUCAUGGACAGAGGGCUGGAUGAAAGAUUGUUUAGGCAAAGGGGGCGAUUCUGCCUGACCACUCAAAUGGGUCUCCUCACCCACUUCAGCCAAGAGGAGCCGUUUGACCUUUCCCAGAAGCAGCCGGGCAUGCCCAGCCUCCGUCUUUCCCAAUCAGAUGGUGAGAGUGUCCCAGGAAGCUCAUGUCAGGAGGAGGAUGAAGAGAGUUUGUAUAGAAGGAGCCAGUACAGUCCUGAGGUGGAUCAACAUGAGCCAGCAGGCGAGGAUCAGUACAUCCCUGAGCUGGAGGAUGGAGGACAGGGAUCUCCUGAGGAACUAAGGCCAGGGGAGAAACAGAAACAAAUGUACCAGCAAAGUUUAGAUGAUGAGACGUUUGAGAGGGAGUCAGCAGCAGAGGGACAAUCGGUAGCUCCCAGAGAUGACCAGGUGCACCUCUUACAGUCAGAGACAUCCUAUGAAUCUGAUUUAGAGCAAGGUGAGCAGGCGUACCACCAUGAAACAGGCUGUAGACAGUCAGAUGACUAUGACUCUGAUUCAGAGCUAGAAGAUCAUCAUCAAGAGCUAGAUGAGCCAGAUCAAAGCAAACAGCAGCUGCGUGGCUUUUAUGAGGCAGCCAUUGAUAUGGCAGAGAGGAGACAGAACAGUUUGGAGACAGAUGAAGUGGGUCACCGCUCACACACAGGUGAAAUUGUCAGUCCACAGGAUGAAGAAGAAGACAAUGAAUGUGAAAAAGUAGGGGAAGAAUGAGAAGAUGCAGGUUUUGGUUUUGGGGUGUGGUGGUGUUGUCUUGAGAGAAAAAUGGACAGGAUGUUCAGGAGACAGUUCAGGGGGAAAGAGGAAAGUGUGUAGGUCUUGUAGGUCUCUAAAAAACACGACUGAACUGAUUAUGGAGGAUGUGGUGUAGUAGCGUAGCACAAAGAAGGAAAGAUGAACAUAUGUUUAUUAACAGAGCAAAAACUAAAAUAGGAAGUGAGUGAAAUACAAAGCUGUGAAACAUACUGCAUGUACAGAACAUAUCAUACACUGAUAAAUAGUCACUGACAGAAGGUUCAUGAGGAUUUAUAAGUGGAAAAGAUUAGGACGUAACUUUCUUUAAAUAAAAUGCAAAAAGAUAUUUAAUGUUUUGGGGGGUUUUUUACAAUUCAUUUUUGCAAUGUUAACUCAAAUAUGCAAUCUUGCUCUAAGCUCUAAAAUCCAUAUUAAAAUCAGUUUUGCUAAAGCCAUGUUAUUUUGUUUGUGUGGGACAUUGCCCUCAAAGUAAACAUAAGAUUAACUGAGAGUAAUAAUGUAGUUUUUGAUUUUGACAGAUACAGAUGUGACAAAGCUUGAUGUUGAGUUUUUAUUAAAUAAACUGUGAUUUGUUUUAUGUUUAUGUCCAAUGUGCAGAUUUUUUUUUAUCUAUAUGACUUUGUUGGUUCAGUUUUUGGGGAACGGCAGUGUUUAAAUUGUGGGCCAGUGUAAUAGUGGUUACCUGAAUAUGAUUCUGCUAAAUAAAAACAAAAAUAAAAGCUUGAA